UUAGGUUUACAUAAACACAGGGCUAACUGUCUGUCGUGCUAAAUAUGGAAACAUCGUAGCGGCAAGCCAAAUGCUGAAAAUGAAGACUCGUGGUGAAUUGUCGUAAUCGGACAAAAUCAGGGAGACUGACUCAGCUGCCUGUCUCAUGCAAGCGAUUGCAUUGCGUCACGUGUCUGUAGCAGUGUGACACAGCGACACACACGUGGUGUGUGUGUGUGUGAAGCGGUGUGACACACACAAACAUAGUAACAGGCACGCGCUUAUUGCCCGCGCUCCAUCCAGUUACUAAGGGGUUGCGCAAUCAGAGGGGAGGCUGAGCGCGUCGCUGCCUCACCUCUCGUCUCUUCCUGUAUCUGCAGCGGAGCUCCGCAAAUUCGGCGAUUUUGACUAUAAAAAAUAUUGGAAUCGUACAGAAUGACAUUUAUAACACAGAUCAGUGGAAAAUGUUUAAUAUUUAUUUUAUUUGAUUAUUCUUUUUUCUACUUUAAGUAACAGCUAUUUUCAUUGGAGUAUGGCAGGCGAGGCUCUGCCUCCCCUGCCCGCACGUCCCCGCUGUGUGAUAUGAACAAUUGGUGACGCGUGGCGGGGUGUGACGUCAGUGAUCAAAGGGGCGCUGUCUCAGUCGGGCAACGCAAUUGGUGCACGCGGCGUCAACAACGGCAGCGAUUCUCUUUGUGAGCAGCGUGAGAGCCCCUUGAGAGCACGAAGCUCGCGCGAGGGAGAUGUGGGCCAAACCAGCACACGCGAUUGUGUAACAUUUGAACAGAAUUUAUUUAAACACAAUAUUUUUUUUAAUAAUAGGGUUUUUCCCCUUUUUCUUGGCAUCCACAUUGACAUCCACAUUGACAUCCACAUUGACAUCCACAUCGACAUCCACAUCGACAUCCACAUCGACAUCCACAUUGACAUCCACAUCGACAUCCACAUCGACAUCCACAUCGACAUCCACAUCGACAUCCACAUUGACAUCCACAUUGACAUCCACAUUGACAUCCACAUUGACCGGAGGCCCAGGCCCCACCGCUCGCCGAUGGGUCGCGGGGUCCCGACCGAAAUUGACUCGUUAUGUUCCGAGUCGCGGAAUUCCCCCUUUGUUGUUGCAUCACUCUUCCCCGUGAAACAAGUUUUUUUAGGCAGUACGGCAAGCACUACUCGUGGGACGUGAAGGCCCAGGUGAUGGGCAAGAAGGCCCUGGACGUGGCGCGCAUCAUCCAGGACGCGCUGGAGCUGCCGCUCACGCCCGAGCAGCUGAUCGCCGAGUGCCGCGAGCGCCAGGCAAAGAUAUUUCCCGCCGCGGAGCUCCUGCCGGGCGUGGAGCGGCUGAUCGGGCACCUGCACGGGCACGGCGUGCCCAUGGCCGUGGCCACCAGCUCGGCGCGGGCCACCUUCCAGAUGAAGACCACCAACCACGGCGGCCUCUUCUCGCUCUUCCGCCACACGGUGCUGGGCGACGACCCCGAGGUGCGCAGCGGCAAGCCGGCGCCGGACGCCUUCCUGGUGGCCGCUCGCCGCUUCCAGCCGCCCGCCCGGCCCUCGCAGUGCCUGGUGUUCGAGGACGCGCCCAAUGGCAUGCGGGCGGCGCUGGCGGCCGGAAUGCAGGUGGUCAUCAUCCCCGACGAGAACUUCGGCCCCGAGGACACGCGCGGCGCGUCGCUCGUGCUGCGCUCGCUCGAGGAGUUUGUGCCCGAGGCGUUCGGCCUCCCCGCGUACGCUGACCGGCGACCCUGACUACGCGCGGGAGGGCUCGACGCUUCCCCCCACCUCCCCUCCCACCUCCGAUCGGCGCAAGCGCGACAGACGCGUGGCGCCGAUUGUGCAUGCGGCAGCUGUCCCACGGAACGAUCGCCACGGCGGCGGAGUUUACGCGACUCCUCGUAUUGCCGGUCGGGUCCUCCUCUCUCAGUCGGCAGGAACCCUGUGGCUUUUUCUUCUUCUUCCAUCUCUCACGGCAGUGUUAUUAUUACGAUCUUGGUUCUCAUCCGAAGAGGUAUUGGCCGUAUGUUGGCAGGGGAAGCGGGGGGGCUCUUAGCGUCUCCGUUGAGUUUGACUGCUGCUUUAGGGCUGCGUGUGGUGGUGUCACGUUCAUGUAGAUUUCUGUGUGUGUGGCGAACUCACUUGGUUUGUGAAACCUUCCCUUGUACGUUUGAGACCUAUCCUCUGUUUUUCUGAGCCAAAGUUUUUUAGAACUAUUUUGUGCGUGCGCUCGUAUGGGGAGCGGUUAGCAUGCUGCAUAACGAACCCAGUGACGGUAAUUAUCUGAACCGGUUCUGGGUCUCCCGUAGGUCAACUCAGCCUCAAAUGAGUACCUGGUACAGUGUGAAAAUAUCGCCAUCAGAGACAAAGGCGGCCGGGCGUGGUGCUGGCCACCCACCCUGUCGUGUGCCGUGCCGGCCUUCAUUAGGUGCUCGCUAACAGCACUUUCCCCAACAGCCUGUUAAGGCUACAUGGAGGAUCUUUGUCUUUGUACAAACACGUGCGUCUCGGUAUGUGUGUCAAAAACCUGUUGGUACAUAAAUAGUGUGGCUGUGCGCCUUGCUCUGUGGACACUCAGGAACUGGAGCGCACACAUUCCUCAACAACACAGGAAUGUGAAUAAGGCUUCAAAGACUACAGCGGGACUUGGCCAAUCCACACAAUCCACCUUUUGCAUCUCAAGUUGUGGGUUGGCUCCACGCUUAGUGUGUGUGCACUGCCUUUUGUUGCUGCCAUGUGAGUACAAUAUGCAAUUUCUAAACUGUUGUUCAGACUUCACGAUGCAUUCGAGUGAAGUCAACAGUU